GGGUGAUUUCAAAGUACUGUGUCCCGAGGUUCCUUUUUAAAUUUCCGUUUCACUGAAAACUGUCAUGAAAUCGUCAUUAGCAUAGUAACCGAAUUUCACACGCAAAACACAACGAUAAGGCUUGUUUUAGUUCAUGUUAUACGCCGGGUACGGCUAUAAUAAUAAUGGAUAAAACUCGAGUGGGAACAUCCUUUUCAAAAUAUGAGCAACAUGACGAAAGUUUAACAUCAACGGCUCUUACGUCCAGAAUACUAGAUAACUUAAACGUACUUAAAUGCAAACUGGACCCCGAUUUAGUUAACAAUAGUAGAUUAUAUCAUGACGAAAAAAGUGGUUUUGGUUUUAACGAAUCGAAACCUUUUGUACUCAAGUUUGUUGAGCAGAAAAAUAAAUUAUUCAGAAACCAAGCAAACCAUGAAAACAUCAAUGCUACUCCUAUCAAUACAAUAUCCCAAGGUAAAAAAUCUUCUGUAAAGAAAAGAAAAUUCUUACCAAAAUUAAAUCGUACUGAACAUUUACUAGCAAUAAUUCCUAAAACUGGAACAGUCAACAAAAUCUCGAUUGAUUAUCAAGUUAACCAACAGAAUCCCUAUAAAACAACAAUUGAUUCUUCUAAUGAAUGUAAUAUUGAUCAUCAAAUACAUCUUCAGUUCAAUACUAAUGAUAUUCAUAACCAAUUGAAAAUUAUAUCUUACUGUAAAAGUAAACGAAUGAAAUUUGAAGCAAUUUAUCCAAACACAAAUGUAGAUAUAACAAAGAACUUAACCAAUUUAAUUCAAUUGGAUCCAAAAGAAGAGAUUGUUGUUAGUGAAUAUCAAGAUGGAGAUUUUACAACGACUGGAAUUCAAGGACAGAAUAAAUUUGAUUAUAACUUGAUUAAAAAGAAAACAAUAGAAAAGAAUACUAUGAAAAGAAAGCAUCUUCAGUCUAUUACAGAAAAGGUACCAAUUCUAUGUUCUAAUACAACAAAGAAAUGUUGUUCAUAUGGUAUACGUGAACCAAUUGAACCUUGGUUCCCGUUAGAUUCAUUAUUAGAAGAAAAUAGUCGGGUUAACCAGAAAACAAAUUCAAAUUUACGCUUGAAUCGAUCUAAAAGUUGUGAUAUUAAUAAUUUCAAAUUACCAUGGCAACCUGAAUUCAGCAACUUAUAUCAUAGUUCACCGAAUUUAAUGAAUCAACCAACUGGUGAAUUGGUUAUCAAUCAAAAUUUUUCAAGUAUAUUACAUGAAUUAACCCAACAAAGAAAGUUAAUAUUAGAUAUGGAAGAUCAGACUAUUGAUAAUCUGGAAGACAAGAUAUCACCAGAAGAUUAUAAUUCCAACGAAAAGAAUAAAAUCUUUACAACAAUCCAUUCGAAUGAUGAUUGUAUUGUACAUACUACUAAUAAUCACAUGGAUGAUUUGGAAACAAUUUCUCAUAAAAAAUCAGUGAAUAUAUCUAAUCACCAUGACAACAAAACUCCUCAAAAUUUAAAUAAUCCAUCUAUAACAACUACAAAAUCGAUUCAUUUAAAUUUAUCUGAUAUAGAAUUAUAUAAACAAAAUCAAUUAAAAAUCAAUAAUAAUAAUAAUAAUAAUAUACAAAUUGAUUGGAUUAAAACAAUCAAAAAUUACCAGAAAAUAUUGAACCAGUUUUAG